GGCAUCAGUGGAGUGAUGAAGUGAGGAGGAGCUGAGUGAUGUGUGAAUUUGGGGGCUAUAAAAACCAGUUUCUUUUUGCUUGGCUGCAACUAGACGUACAGACUUAAACCACAGCACAACCUGCAGCCUGCGCCUGUGUGCACCUGAGGACUGAAAACAAAGAAAAGGCGACAUGGAUGUAAGUACCUCAUCAAAUCCUCAGAUCCCCACACUGCAUGCUGACGCUCUGUGUGGCAGCUGUCCGCCCUCCGGUUCUGCCCCACAGGCCAGCAGCCUUUGGCCCAGCCUGCCUCCGUCUGGAACCGGGUUUCCUGCAUGGCCAGGACAGCCCACCCAGCCUGCACCUUGCUGGACCAGCCAGCCAAACACACCCUGCUGGCCUGCUACACAACCAGUUCCAGCCUCUGUCCCUGCUCCAAUUUCAGUUACAACUCCUGCUCAAGUUAUAACACCAGCGGCAACUACAGCCGUGGUUCCAGCUCAAAUUCCAACUCCUACAGUGCAGCAGACCUGCCAGCCUUGCUGGCCAGGCACCCAGUAUCAACCUUUCCAGCCAGCAGCUCCAAUGCAAGCCCCAGUUCAAGCCCCAGCUCAAGCUCCUGUUCUUGCACCUGCUGCCAGCAUCCAUCCAAGUGUACCCAUCUGGCCUGCCCACCCUGGAUGGCCUUAUAACCCAGGACAGUCAGGAUGGCCUGGACAGAAUCCUCCUCUCAUGCCUCAACACUGGCUUCCACCAACAUCUGGACCUCUUAGUGUUCCAUACAAUUUAAACCUGGCGCGGGGCGUGUAUGACAAAAUGAUGAUGACAAUCCUGGGUAAUGUGAAACCUAAUGCAAAAAUGUUCACAGUGAACUUCCUCAGAGGAAACGACAUUGCCUUUCACAUCAAUCCCCGCUUCAAUGAAGGGGGGAAACAGGUGGUGGUCCGUAACCACAAAAUGGGUGAGCGCUGGGGCUCGGAGGAGAGGGACCUGAAGGGACCCUUUCCUUUUGCUCUUGGGAGCCCUUUUGAGAUGAAGAUCCUCUGCACUAUUGAGGCAUUUAGGGUGGCGGUAAACAACAUCCCACUGUUUGAGUUCCGUCAUCGUGUCCGAGAGCUCAAUCAAAUUGACCGAAUCAACAUUUUGAACGAUGUCGUCCUGACUUACAUCAACGUGGAGACGCUUCCUUAAGGAAUACACUAUUAUUCACAUGCAUUUGCAGCAGAUUUUAUGCCAGUGUGGUGUAACUUCAGCACCUUUUCAACACCUUAUAUAAGCAAAUCUUGCAGGAACUAAAACCUGCUACCCUGGGGUAGCACAAGAAAAAGUGUGACUUUGUUAUAUAUUAAUAAAGACCUGAACUAAGGUCAAUCUAUUAUAUGCUCCAAUACGGUCCACAGAAUUAACAGUUUAAUAGAAAAUGUUUAUUUUUCAGUUUGAAGAUACAACUGUAUUUAUUGUGUACAAUAUUUUCAAAAUUAUUAAACUAAUACUAACUAAAAUGUUUUGUGAA